AUGUCAGCGCCCGUUGUCGACUCUAAAUGCUGUGCUUUCUUUGAACCACCUAGUGAUUAUGGCUGUUCACAGUGCGACAAUCAAAUGGGCAUCUUCACGUGCCAUGGUUGCUGCCAGGUCUUCUGUCCACAACAUGCUGCCGAGCAUCGAGCCCCGUUGAAAGUUAGAUUAGAUAAUCUUAUUGUUGAAAAUCAAAAAUUGGAUACUCAUAUCGAGAGUGAAAAACAUUCAGAUGAAUACAUUAAGUUACAACAAGAGGUCGAUGAUUGGGAAGAAAAAUCCAUCGAAAAAAUCAGACAAGCAGCGGCUGAAGCUAGAAAGAAGCUUUCGGAUAUUGACAGUGGCUACGGAAACAGUCAGAUCAAGAAAAUCAACGAUUGUCGUGAAGCCCUGACGGCUCGAUUGAAAAAAGCUGAAGUUAACAACGACUACCAUGAACAACAUCUCACCUACUGGGAACAAUUUCUCGAGGAUUUACGUCAAAAUUAUAUUCGUCUUCAAUCAAACUUUGUUCGAAUUGAAUUCUGCACUCGACCAUUUAUUGCAAAGAUUCUCGUCGUUGAAAACGCAGUGGCGACUCGUUUCACCAAAUGGUGCUACUAUCAAAAAGAUUGUGUGCAAACCACUGCUCUCCGACAAUCACAAUACUUUCAAGAAGAAAACUGUUCGGAGAUACUUUACAUCGGUCCAUGUGGACAAGCUACUGAAGCCUUUCAGCCUCUACCAAAACCUGGAAUUGAAUCACCUGUUGAAAUUCUCGACUCGAACUAUGCUGGUGCGCUUCAAACUGGUGAAUAUCGAUUUUGCUUGACCAAGGAAUGUCGAUUCAUUGGUAUUAUAUCGAAGAAUGUUGGCCAAAAGAAAACACCAUUGAAUACCCCGACUGUCUAUGGUUGGAGCACAACAGAAGAUGCGAUUUAUCGUGACGGUUACCGUCAAUUCGGUUCACCGAAUGAUCUUCACCCUGGUGAUACAGUUUCCUUGUUAAUUUCCAGUGAACAACAAUGGAUUCGGCUGAGAAACAUAACACGAAAACGUACACAUGAGUUACACAUCGACGUAAACAAAUGCCCAUUACCCUGGCAACUCAAGAUUGCCUUCACAUCGGAUAACUAUGAAUAA